CGCUGUUACUAUUGGCUGUCUUAUCCGUAUCCCAUGAACCCCUGCGCGUGCUCUUCCUUUUUCUUUUCGGCCAUAUUCAGCCCCAGACGGGAGUAAGCAGUCAUGGCCCCCAGUAGGAAUGGCAUGAUUCUGAAUCCCCACUUCCAUAAAGACUGGCAAAAAAGAGUCCGUACCUGGUUUAGCCAGCCAGCCAGGAAGCUCCGCAGGCGCAAGGCUCGUCAGGCAAAGGCUCGCCGCAUUGCUCCUCGCCCAGUGGCUGGACCUCUUAGACCAAUUGUCAGAUGUCCUACCAUCAGGUAUCACAAUAAGGUCAGAGCUGGCCGUGGCUUCACCCUGGAAGAGCUGAAGGCUGCUGGCAUUAACAAGAAAGUCGCCCGCACUAUCGGCAUUGCUGUCGAUUCUCGCCGUCGCAACAGAUCUACAGAGUCCCUGCACGCCAAUGUCCAGAGGCUGAAGGUUUACCGCUCCAAACUCAUCCUAUUCCCCAGAAAGGCAUCCGCACCCAAGAAGGGAGACAGCACUGAGGAGGAGCUCAAGAUGGCAACACAGUUGACUGGACCAGUUAUGCCCAUUAAGAAGGUGCACAGAAAGGAGAAGGCCCGUGUGAUCUCGGAGGAUGAGAAGAAAUUCAAGGCCUUUGCCAGUCUGCGUAUGGCUCGUUCCAAUGCCCGUCUCUUCGGCAUCCGUGCAAAGAGGGCAAAGGAGGCAGCUGAGGCAGAUGUAGAGAAGAAGAAAUAGACGAUUAUUUGUAAAACACCAAUUAAAGCCUCUCCUAAAAUACA